CAAGUAGCAAUUGAGCUUCCAAAGGAGGAUCUGUAGCGUUGUAUGGUUGAGAAUGAAGAGGGCCAAAGGUCAUUUAGGAGCACAAAGCCAGCUUGUUUCUAAGAAAAAUGCCCAUGAUCAUGGUGAUGGUUUUGAACAACCUAGACAGAUUGUAGUGAAGAAAGCAGAUGAUGCAAGUGACAUGGUCAAUAUAUCCAAUAAUGAAGAACCCCUCAGUCCAGUGGCAUGCGUCAUUUCGGAUGAAUUUUUCGAUAGUUACAUGUUCGCCAUUGUGGGAUUCAAGAAAGAAAUCGAUGUCGAGUCCUUGAAAAUCUUACUACAAAAUAAUCUGGUGAAGCACCAGAGAUUUUCAAGUGUUGUGGAAAUUUUAUGGCAGACAUUGAGCGACGUGAUUAUGGGAGUGCUUUCUGCUGGAUUAUUGCGUUAUAUGAACAGGCGACAGAAUGAUAAAAAUGUCUCUGUCCCACUAAAGACGACUGCAAGUUAUAACUAUCCAAAUGCAAGUGCAGAGCAGCGUCUUCGGUUAAACAUGAGGCUUCGAGCAAUGGUUGCAGUAAACAUGAGGCCGUUUGCCAUGCUCAAAGAUCUAGAUAGGAACAUGAAAAACCCAUCGAAAGCUAUGUGGCGUAAUAAACUAGGUUUCUGGCUUUUUCCUUUACCCACGUUCCACUAUGGAGAUCCCCUUCAAUAUUGCCCCGAUACAAGAAUGAUGUCCAGGAGGAAGAAGUUAUCUUCCGAGGCCUCCCUGUCACACGCCCUACUCAAAUGCAUGCCAACUAAGUUGGUGGCGCACCUUUCCAGUAUAUUAUGCAGAAGGAGUACACUGGGCUUCUCUAAUGUGACGGGGCCCAUGGAAGAGAUCCAAUUGAGUGAUAACCCCAUAACUCACAUUAUUCCUACGGUUCACAUUAACUAUUCUUCCAUAGUGAUACAUUUCAUGAGCUACGCUGGAAAAGGAAAGCUGGUUGCGUUAGUAUCGGAAGACGUAAUUCCCAACCCUCAGCAGCUUUGUGAGGAUUGCGCAGACGCCCUGCAAGAAGCAGCAGCCAAAACAACUCCACGAAAUUUAUCUUGAUGGAGCUCUAAAUGUUCACCACCUCCAUUUGCAGACUAUGUUGAUAACUGAUGCUAAAGUCGAGUCUCACCUCAUGGGAAUCUAUUUUUAGUAGCAUGCAUACUUUUUUCUUGUUAGAUCUGUAGUUUUAAGUAGUUUACAAUAAUUCAGUUUAGCCAGUAUGCUUUAACUGUCAGUCUAAUGCUAAUCGAAUAUUGCAUAACAAAUGCAAUAUGGAUUCUCUAAUUUUAGAAUCAAAUAAUGCAUAACACAUGCAAUAUGAAUUCUCUAUUUUUAGUGUGGUUAUAUUGAGCUAUCUAUUGUGUAGAUGAUGCUUAAACUGCUAUAAUUUUUUUGUGAAGUGCAGUGAACUAUUUGCUCGGUGAGGCUGCAACCUCUCUAAAAACUGCCCACUGCAAGAUCUUCCAUUGAAUUGAAUAAAGAGCUUUGCUUUGUUUGUGUUUA